UGUUAUUUGUGCAUUUGCCGUAAACGGUCGAUCAAUUUGAAGAGCGUUUUGGUUAAUAUAUUUCAUUGCGGAUAAGAUUAAACACAACGGACAGAUUUACAGAAGAAUAUAUGUGGAAGAGAGCAGAAGAUAACAACCAAAAGUAAGAGAAAAAUGGAGAGGAAGUUAUCAAAGCGGGCUUUAACUUUAAAACCCUCGCCAAUUCAGGAGUUAUCUCAUCUUGCCCAGCGUUGCAAUGCCAUCAAUCUCGCUGAAGGUUUCCCGGACUUUCCAGCUCCAAUGGAACUUAAAGAAGCUGCAAUAGGAGCCAUAAGUGCUGAUUUCAAUCAAUACAGACAUGUUCAAGGUGUAUGUGACUAUAUAGCAUGGACUAUGAAGUUAAAUCAGGGUUUGGAUGUAGACCCUGUGAAAAAUAUCACCAUUUGUUGUGGUCAAUCAGAAGCUUUUGCUGCAACAAUACUAUCUGUUGUAGAUCAAGGGGAUGAAGUAUUGUUAUUUGAUCCAGCAUAUGAGACUUAUGAAGCUUGCAUUACGAUGGCUGGAGGGACUCCGGUUUAUGUUGCUCUCAAUCCGCCUCAUUGGACUUUAAAUGUAGAGGAGCUCAUGGCAGCAUUUACAUCUCAGACAAAAGCAAUUGUGCUAAACAGGAAAACGAUUUUGAUGGUGUGUGUGGAUCUUCUCCCUCUGAAAUUGAAGAAAUUGCAAGUUAUUCAUUGUUUUGGGCGUGCAUUCAAAUCGAGUCCUCACAAUCCAACAGGGAAGGUUUUCAGCAAAAAUGAGCUUAUGAUUAUUGCAGAACUGUGCUGCAGAAUGGACUGUCUUGCAAUAACUGAUGAAGUAUAUGAACAUAUAACAUUUGAUUCAGAACACAUCAGUUUGGCUUCACUACCUGGUAUGCUAGACCGCACCAUUAUUACAUCUUCAAUGUCUAAGACAUAUAGUGUAACAGGCUGGAGAGUUGGGUGGGCAGUUGCACCCUUUGAGAUUGCAUCUUCAAUACGGAAUAUUCAUGUAAAACUCACAGAUUCAGCCCCAGCACCGUUUCAGGAGGCUGCUCUGGUUGCUCUUAAAAGUGGUCCGGAAUACUUGAAAAAGUUGAGAAUGGAGUACAAGGAACGGAGGGACUUCAUUGUGGACUCGCUGGGUGAAGUUGGGUUUAAAGUUCACUUUAAGCCUCAGGGAGCUGUCUUUGUUUUUGCAGAAUUGCCUGAGACCUGUGUAAUAAGUGAUGUAGAAUAUGUUGCCGAAUUGAUCAAGGUCGCAGGUGUAGCUGCUGUGCCUGGAUGCGGCUUCUUUCACGAUAAAGGAAAGUUUAAAAAGGAAGAUUGUUCUCAAUCAGCCAUAGGUUCAAUUCAAAGACCAGAGUCGGUGGAAACCUCUGAAAUCUUACACACAGCUAAGAACUAUAGGAACAGGUAUAUCAGAUUUGCCUAUUGCAAAAGCAAAUGUACUCUUCUGGCUGCUGCAGAUAAGCUCAGCAAGUAUAAAGACAAGCUGGGUGGGGUAACAUAGUACGGGUCUAUGCAAUAAAAAUCAUGCUUCGAUUGUUUUAGUUUCUGCUUAUGUCUAAGCUAUCAGUUGAAAUUGCUAGAAUUCACGUUCUAUUUUUAGCCUGUAGAUAGAUUUGGCUUGAAAUCGCCUCAUAGCUUUGAUUUUGCUUUCUAUAAUUAUGUUAUUGGUGAUAUUUAGUACUCUAAAGAGUCGAUCAGAUCGACUACUUAAUAUAUCUAGGCUAAUAAAAUAAUUAAAGCAGUUAACCAUUAAUUAAUCUAAAUAGAUGAGCUGGGAUGAUAAAUAAAAUUAUUGAAAUUAAAUGUGGAA